GCUACAGUUAAUGCACAUCUAUAAUACCUUUUACAGCAGCAACAAAAUGCUGUUUUUACCCUUUCAACCACCAGCGUAAACGCAGCGGCAGCCAAAAACGCUCAACACAAAGUCAAUUGUUUGAAGCUAGUUGUACUUGUGAUGUCAAAACCUAUCACGACCUUUUGUACGCGGAUUGCUGUCCUGAUAGCAUUAACGAUUGCAUUAAGUGACUGUAGCCGGAGACAUAACGCAAGACACCCAAUUAGACGACGUUUCCGGUAUGGACAAGCGCAGGCCUGGAAUCCGGGGGCACAAGCACAGGCGAGGCAUGUUGACCGGAUUGAAGCUGAAGAAAAAGCCACCACACCCAGACCCAACAUUGUCCUUUUUGUUGCCGAUGACCUGGGGCAUGCGGAUAUCAGUUACUCGGAAGGCAACCUCCAGACACCAACACCGCACAUUGACAAAUUAGCCUGGGACGGCAUCAUCCUCAAUCGUCAUUAUACCAACCCCAUAUGCUCACCGACGCGCUCAGCCUUAAUGACCGGCAAAGACGCUUGGAGAGUUGGAAUGCAAUCUAGUGUGAUUAGCGAAGGGGAACCCUGGGGACUUCCAGUACAAUUCAAGAUUCAACCGCAGUAUUUCAAAGAUCUGGGAUAUAAGACAUUCAUCGUCGGAAAGUGGCAUUUGGGCACAUACUCUCGGGACCAUUUUCCUAAUCAUCGUGGUUUUGAUUAUUCGUUCUGGUUCCAUGGUGGUGAUAUCAACUGGUUUAAUUACACUGCUGGAUGGAUUACGCCGGUUCCGAACAACGGACGGGCAUUUCGCGAGAACGACAACAUGGUGUUUGCCAAUAUAACGAACAAUUUCUACUUUCCGGAGAUGAUGACGGCCAAGGCCGAGCAAAUCAUACACGAUCAAGACCCCAGUCAGCCGUUCUACCUCUACUUCACCACACCCGUUCCACAUACCGGAAUUGAUCAGUUCGGAGCAGUAUUGCAGGUGAUGCCCAAAUAUCAACUGCGUCCACCAGUUCGCUCGUUCACUGACAAGUUUCCCGAGCGGAAAAAACAAAUUGGGCUUAUUCAAGUCUUGGAUGAACAAUUCAAACGCAUAGUGGACGCCUUGGCGUACACCGGCGCCAUUAACAACACCAUUAUAGUUUUCAUCGGUGAUAACGGUGCGCCGCUUCUGGGCACGUCCGCAAUCGGACGGGGCGCCAACCGCGGCAGUAACUGGCCGUUGCGUUUGGGCAAGGGUUCGCUGUUCGAGGGAGGAGUGCGGACGUUGUCCUUCAUUUGGUCACCAUUACUUCAGCGCUGCGGUCACAUAACCAACCAGCUAUUCCACAUCACCGAUUGGCUGCCGACGUUGUACGAGGCAGCCGGUGGAAACCUGGCCGAUCUUGAUAAGAACGACAUUACCGGCAUGAGCCAGUGGACAUCCUUGACGCAGGGGCAAAAUUAUGGGCCAAGAAGGGAACUGGUGAACAACAUCGAUUCAAGAGGGGGGUCAUACGCCAUGAUUUACCAAGACCAGUACGGCGGAAUGUAUAAAAUUUACGGCGGGAACCUUUACAUGAAUAAUUAUUUCGGAUGGGGAGUUACGGAAGGCACCACUCUGGACAACCCGAUGAAAGUGUGGACACCCACAUCGGUGGAAUGCAAUUUCCCCGAAGGUACGGAAGUUACCCAAUGUCGACCGUACCUCAGUGACUGCUUAUUCGAUCUCAUUAACGAUCCAUGCGAGACCAACAAUAUCGCCUCAUCUUAUCCGAAUCUACUACAAACGCUAAAACAGAAAAUCAGUGUUUAUAAUCAGUCAGUUUUCCCCUUCCAAAACAAGCCCUUCGAUCCCGCCUCCCACCCUGACCUGCAUCAAGGAUUGUGGACACCCUGGCUAGAUCCUAGCGAGGUGUACGACGCUGAUCCGUUGACGUACAGCACCUUCAUACCGACAUCGUUUUUCUAAAAUCCUUAUGGUCUUUAUCCGGACCGGUUGUGUGAGACUCUAAGUUCCUAAAGCGUUAUCAAACCGGAGUCAGCAGGAAAUCAGAGAAUGUCGGCCACAAGUACUUUCACAGAUGUACAAUAGCCAUGGUAUAAUUAAUUUUUUUAGUACACGAACGUAGUACUUACUUUAAGUAUGUACGUACUGCACUGUGAACAUCCCUGAUCAAAAGCUGCCGUUGCAUUUUAAUUAACCUCAAGCUCAAAAUUUGGCAAAACCGGCGUUUAUAUUUUAUAGCAACACGAAUGCGAAAUUCAAGAUUUAAAUGUUAAUA